AUGUAUCUGUUUCUUUCUCAGCCAAAUGGAGAGGACCCCAAUGAAAGACUCAUAAGUUGUCCAGCCGGUCAAUAUAAUGAUAAUAUUAUUACAGCCAAACCUUCUUGCAAAGCUAAUGAAACGUACGUAUCCUGUGCUGUCAAGUGUCCCGACAAGUACUGCCCGAAGAUCGAUGGACCCCAGCCUGUAUGCGACCCGCCCAGAGAUUGCCCGCCAGGGUGCAUAUGCAAGAUCAAUUAUAGAUAUGACCAAUCUGGAAAAUGCAUACUUGCUUCUGAAUGCCCACCAUUAAAAUGUAAGGAUCCUAACGCAGUAUGGGAUUCAUGCCCGUCAGCCUGCUUGAAUGAGCAAUGUGAAGCCGCUGAGUCUCCGCCCGUCACUUGCAACACAUUGCUUCUAAAUUGCAACCCUCGAUGUGUUUGUAAACCCGGGUAUUUUAAACACCCGGAAACCGGAUUAUGCGUGCCAGCUAAAGAAUGUCCGGGCGUGUGUAAAGAUCCCAACGCCUCCUGGAAAGAUUGCCGUGACCCCUGCCCAGGCACUUGCCAAAACACUAAACCAGUAUGCUUGAGCAAAGCUUGUAGCCCUGGAUGUCAGUGUAAUGAAGGCUAUGUUUUAUCUAAACAAGGGAAAGAGGGAAAAUGCGUUAAAAUUGAAACAUGCGCAGAUUACGUCCACUGUCCCGCCAAUCAAACCUUUGUACCAUGCACAUUUAAAUGCCCCCAAGUAAUGUGUCCAGAGUCAGACCAAACGAUUUUGUGCAAGCCACCACGAGACUGCCCUGGAGGGUGUGGUUGCAAGCCCUACUAUAGGUAUGACGCCAAUGGAAACUGCAUCAAGGCGUCUGAUUGUCCACAAGUAGAAUGCACCAGACCAAACGAAGUGUGGACGUGCAAACAUAUGGGUGACUGGGAGAAUUGCGAUGAGAGAUACAACACUCCUCCGUUUUGGGCAGGCCACCCUGAUGAUUGCGAGCCGAAGUGUGCGUGCCAAAAAGAGUAUUGGAGAAACCCUCAGACAAAUAUGUGUGUUACAGAAAAUGAAUGCCGUAAGUAG